AAUACGCUUUCCCAAUUUUUCCCCUAGCAAUAUAUCACGUGAUCCUUACUUUGGUCCGCGCCUGCGCGAACCCAGUACGGGCCCGGACAAGAUGGCUACCGCGAGCGUUUCACCCAAUUGAUCAUCUCGCCCGUCUCCCGACAAUAAUUAGUACAAAACCCAAAUCCACAACACGCUAAGUUAUUUUUACAUGUGCACAGUUCAUUUCGCUGUUCGAAAUAGCUACGCUACUUUCUAACCUAUGAAAGUAUAAGAUGGUUUAACAGUGCCCGCUGGAUUAUUUCGAAACCCAUAUCCGCCAUGUUAAAGAAAACCCACAAAUAAUAACCUACUCUGUUGUAUCUGGCCGCUGUGAACGAUUGAAGAAUCCAAUAUGGCGUCUUGUGUGAACGGACAUUUCGGGAGUCAGGAGUACGUGCCCGUGGCGGAGUUCUACGCGGACAAGUCUGUGUUCGUUACGGGGGGCACGGGCUUCAUGGGCAAGGUGCUAGUCGAGAAGCUGCUACGUAGCUGUCCAAAGAUCAAGAACAUCUAUCUGCUGAUGCGACCCAAGCGGGGGCAAGACGUGGCAUCUCGUCUCACGGAACUCACACAGUCACCGCUGUUCGAGACAUUACGGAAAGAACGGCCUUUCGAGCUGAAUAAGAUCGUGCCCAUCGUCGGCGAUAUAACGGAACCCGAACUUGGAAUCAGCGUCUCCGACCAGGCCAUGCUUUGCCAAAAGGUGUCCGUGGUAUUCCACUCAGCCGCCACAGUGAAAUUCGACGAGAAACUCAAACUGUCGGUGACCAUCAACAUGCUUGGCACGCAGCAACUCGUCCAGCUCUGUCAUCGUAUGCUCCUUCUAGAGGCCCUAGUCCACGUUUCGACGGCAUACUGCAACUGCGAGCGCGAACGCGUAGAGGAAACGGUGUACGCGCCCCCAGCGCACCCUGAACACGUUGUCACCCUCGUCCAGACCUUACCAGAUGAGCUGGUGGAUAGAAUCACGCCUGAUCUCGUUGGUGACCGGCCGAACACGUAUACAUUCACGAAGGCGCUCGCGGAAGACAUGCUUAUCAAGGAGUGCGGCAAACUGCCUGUGGCCAUCGUUCGGCCGUCCAUCGUGCUCUCCUCGCUCCGAGAACCGGUCCAGGGCUGGGUGGACAACUGGAACGGGCCGAACGGCAUCAUCGCUGCCGUCGGCAAGGGCAUCUUUAGGAGCAUGUUGGGCACCGGGGCUCGGGUCGCUGACCUUGUGCCCGUGGACACAGUCAUCAAUCUGAUGAUCGUGUGCGCGUGGAGGACAAGCCAGAGACGAAAUGACGGUGUGCUUGUUUACAACUGCUGCACCGGCCAACAGAACCCAAUAACGUGGCAGCGCUUCGUGCGGACCAGCUUCAAAUACAUGCGGAAACAUCCCUUCAGCGAGGUCCUCUGGUACCCCGGCGGCGACAUAACGAACAACCGUCUCAAACACUCCACGCUCUCACUAAUCGAACACCGGGCCCCUGCCUUCGUGAUGGACACGUUCGCGAGGGCCACUGGAAAGAAACCCAUGAUGAUGCGGGUGCAGAACAAACUUGAAAAAGCUGCAGCAUGCCUGGAAUAUUUUACCACCCGCCAAUGGGCGUUCGCGGAUGACAACGUUCAAGCCCUAUGCACGGCCCUAUCGCCGGAGGACAGACGCAUUUUCGACUUUAAUGUCAGAAACAUCGACUGGGACGCGUAUAUAGAGAGCUACGUGCUCGGCAUCAGGAGGUUCUUGUUCAAGGAGAGCCCGGACACGCUGCCGAGGUCCAGGACUCGUCUCCGGAGGUUACACAUAGUCCACAUCCUCACCCAAGUGGCGGCAGUCUUCUUCCUCUGGAGAUUUCUUUUCUCUCGCUCCAACGCGUUGCGUAACUUCUGGCGGCGCAUACUAGACUUCAUAACGCGCGCGGCGCGAAUGCUCGCCAUAGCCUGAUGCACAUAGCCUUAACCUCAGGCUUAGUAGUUGAGCAACGCUGUUUGAUUCACAAAACGCAAGCGGUAGGUGUAAAAUUGUAAACGCUUGAGCGGCGAUCAGCGGAGCGUUAAACGA